CACAGCUUCUGAGUAGCAAGUUCAUUCAUUAAAACAAUACAAAAAAACGAAUAUGAAAUUGUUCAUCGUUUUAGCAGCAGUGGCGUUAGCCCAAGGCGCCAAACUAGACAGGACCUACCUCCCACCUAACGCUCAGGCUUCCGCAGGAUCUGCUUUCCUCGAGGCUCCUCGUCAGUCCAAUGGAUUCCAGGAUCAAUCUGGUGCUUUCUCCAACAAUGGAUUUGCCAACUCUAACGUCCAAAACGGAGCUUACUCAGGCUUUGAAGCCCGUCCCGUGGAGCGCGCUCAGGCCGCCUUUGAGAGGAACGCUGCUAUCCUUCGUCAGGACAACUCCAAUGAUGGAGAGACUUACGCGUAUGCUUAUGAGACUGAGAACGGUAUCUCUGGCGAGGAGAACGGAGUGGCAACCAACGGAGUGCAGGCUCAGGGCAGCUACUCCUACACUGGGGAUGAUGGCAAGGUUUACUCUGUGAGGUACACCGCUGAUGAGAACGGUUUCCAGCCCCAGGGCGACCAUCUCCCCACUCCUCCUCCAGUCCCCGCUGAAAUUCUGAAAGCUUUGGAACAGAACGCUCGUGAUGAGGCUGCUGGCAUCUACGAUGACGGCUCUUACAGCGAUGCUAAAUAUGCUGACGACAGCCAACAGCAGUACUACGACAGCAACGCCCAAGCUAUCAACUACAACAACGCGCCAUCCAACAAUUACAACGCUCAGUCCAACAACUACAACGCUCAGUCCAAUAACUACAAUGCCCAGUCCAACUACAACUCCGCUCAAUCCAACUACAACUCCGCUCAAUCCAACUACAACUCCGCCCAGUCCAACUACAAUGCUCAAUCCAACUACAACAACGCUGACGCUGUCAUCACCACCAGUGCUUUGAUCCGCAACGACGCUUCUGGGAGCAGCAGCAACGUCGCUGGUACCCAGAAGGCUUACCUUCCUCCCUUCGCUCAGGCCAACACUGACGCCAUUGUUACCAACAAUGCUCUCCUUCGUAGCGACGCCGCUGAAAGCAGUAGCUCCGUUUCUGGAAUCCAGAAGGCGUACCUCCCACCCUUUGGCCAACGCCAGAGGAAUGGUGCAAGGCCAUCCUUCAACGCUAGAGACGGCUACCGUUAUUAGAGGCUAUUGAUAAGAAUAAUUAUUGAUUAAUAUAAACGACUUAUUAAAUAAUGUAUUUAUAACGAUGAA